ACUCUUGCGUAACCUCUAGACUUAAGAGCACUAACAACCCAUGGGUUGUUUCCAGUCUUACACAGUCUAACCCAACACCAUGGCUCUCUAUGAGUCUAAGACCGAGCUCUGGGACCUGGACAUCAAUGUGAUCCAGCCAGAAGGGAAAGGUCCAGAUCCAGCCACAGAUGGAAACAGCGGUACCGAGCCGUUCAGGGAUGCGUUCCAACGUUAUAUCCAGCCCUGUCUGGCAGAGCUGCUGGGUUCAUCUCUGUUUAUCUUUGUGGGGUGUCUGUCUGUGAUCGAGAACACAGAGGGCACCGGAAGGCUGCAGCCGGCCCUGGCACACGGCCUGGCCCUGGGCAUCGUUAUCGCCGUGCUGGGGGAGAUCAGUGGGGGCCACUUCAACCCAGCAGUGUCUGUGUCUGUGUUUCUGAUCGGGGGUCUCAACAUCAUACUGCUGGUCCCCUACAUACUGGCUCAGAUGUGUGGAGGGAUGAUAGGGGCAGGACUAGCCAAGGUGAUUUCCCCAUCCAUGAACUAUGCCAAAGUUUCAGGGGCAGCAUUCGACACAGUGCAGGCCGACACCCAGAUAGUACCAGCCACGGUGGCAGAGGUGAUCAUGACUCUGUUCCUGACGAUGGUGGUGUGUAUGGGGGCCGUGAAUGGACGCACGCGCAGCCUGUUGGCCCCUCUCUGCAUCGGGCUGACCGUGACCGCAGACAUCCUGGCUGGGGGAGCAGUGUCUGGGGCAUGUAUGAACCCAGCUCGUGCCUUUGGCCCGGCCGUGGUGGCCGACUACUGGAGCUAUCACUGGAUCUACUGGGUGGGACCCAUGUCUGGAGCCCUGCUAACCGCCAGCUUCAUACGAUUACUGCUUGGGGAUGAGAAAACCAGAGUUCUCUUGAUAUGAUACAGAUGUAGGUUUCCAGUUCAAGUCCAUAAAAAAGUCAAUUUCCAAAAUCCACAUAAAUUCUAACAGUAUUUUUGUGUUACUAUUUCCAUGUUAGUUUAAAAUAAUCUUACCAAUGUAACUUUAUUCUAUGCCGGUAUAUAUAGAUUAUCUAUUGUCCAUAAAUGCAAUCUAUUUUAUUCAAUGCCAUUUGUAUAAACACAUUUUUGUACAUUAAAUAUUGCAUUGUAUAUUUCUUUCUAUGAUUGAUCCCUUUUGACAUAGUAGAAGUGACUUCUGGCCCAUAGUCUGUGUUUUAUACCGCCACCUUUUGGUUAUGUGGUGAACUACAGCCUUGCAUUGGUCUGACUCUCACUGUCCUGUCAUACAACCUUCCAUAUGCGUCAUGCCUUUUCACUGAUUAUCUGCACACAGACAUCCAAAAACUAGCCACAUUAGAUAGCAUUGAAUUUGACACUGUAAUUGCUAUCUUGACUGAAAGUCUCAGCCAUAGAAAUAUAAUUACUAGAAAUGACAUAGCCCCUCAGACAACCGGUCCUCCCAUUAUGGACUCUGACUUGAACGGGGACCUCUCUUCUAGUAAUUAUAUUUCUAUGGCAGACACUCAGUUGAGACAGUAGUAUGUGAACGUUCAAAAAAUGUUGCAGUGAAGAUUGAAGAAAUGAAGUAUAAAUGUGUGCAGCAGAGGAGUUACUGUUUCUUUCAUACGCAAUUAAUACAAAUGAAUGAUUAAAUGAAUUCAUGAAUUCCAUUAGUGCCCCCUCAAGAAUAAGUACAUACUGUACAUGAUGCCUGUAUGCACAGUAACAGUCUGAUUUUGCCACAUUCUACACAUUUACAAUGUCAAUGUAUUUAUCACCUGUUAUUUGCUGAUGGAUGUGUCUACCAUUUAGGACAAAUAAUAAGAUAUUACACUAAAGUGUAAAAAGCCAGUUUCAUGUUUCACUGGAUUGUCUUUUCCUCCCUUCAGAGAAUAACAGGAGCAGACUUUGCACAGGUGCAGAGACUUCGUCAAACUGUCUAGUUUUAAUGCUUUAUCUUAUCUAGCUGGGACUGGCUAACAUCAAUGAUCUAUGCAUGAUUAAUACAAGCAGGUUAACCAAGAUUAAACUUUUUUGUUUGGCCUGGAAAUCUAGAACAUUAUGUCUAGUAGUAGGCUGCUGUAUUAACAAACUAACAAAACAUUUAGUUGAUUUAAAUAGUAAAAACAUAUCAUAGUCAUAUUGACAUAUGCUCUACCCUGAAAAUGUUGUUUUCAAAUCAGUGCCAACAAAAUAUCUGUCUGCUGGACAAUUACUAUACUUUUAAACUGUAA